GCUCAAAGCAAAAGUUCCCUCAAGAGUAAUCAAGAAAGCAAGAUCAUUAUAUAAGUGUUCCGCCAUGGCCUCCUAUUCCAGUUGCUUCAUCUUUGCGUUUUUCAUUGCUAUGUCCUUCUCAAGCAUGGAUAUUGGGCUAGCAGCUCGUCAUCUCCUGCAAACAACAACGCCAAAUUUACCAGGCAUUCCCUCUUUGACUAACCCAACAUUGCCACCUUUGCCUUCAUUUCCAACAUUGCCUCAGCCUCAGGCCACUGUUCCACCUCUGCCUACAAUCCCAUCUCUGCCACAACCAUCUCUUCCUACCGUUCCAAAAAUCCCACAGCUCACUCUUCCGCCACUUCCUGCCACUUCGCUUCCGAACAUCCCUUCCUCAUUCCCUUCUCUCUCUCCACCACCUUCACCUUCCACUCCUCAAUAUCUCUUCUUCAUUAUUGCACUCCAGACAACUAUGGCCUCCACCAAAUCAUUCAUCUCAGUUUUUCUUCUUGCUCUGACCUUCUCAGGCAUGAUGAGCAUGAGCCUAGCAGCUCGCCAUCUUAUGCAGACAAGUGCACCAACAUUGCCAACAUUGCCAACUAUGCCUUCAAUUCCAGCCCUUCCUCAGGGUAAUGUUCCACCACUGCCCACUAUCCCAUCUUUGCCUACCACUUUGCCUCCACUUCCUACCAGCAUCCCUAACAUUCCAACAAUUCCACAGCUCAACGUUCCUCCAUUGCCCUCAAUCCCAGCAUUCACAAUUCCAACUACUAUGCCCUCCAUCCCAUUCCUCUCCCCACCACCUUCCACCUCCACCCCUUAAACUACCUUUCUUUUCUUCAUCCUGGGCAAGCUACCGUCUCAGUCUGAUUCGUAGCAGUGCCAAGUUGCAUGCUUCCUAUAGAUAUGGCCUGAUUCCUUUUGUGUGAGAGCCUUGUGUGGUGUUUUCCUUUUACUUUUGUCGUAUGGUGUGAAAAACUGUAUUUCUUUUCAGUUUAUGUGUGAGUUAUCGCUAUUGUUUCUACUUUUUCUUGUAUUAUUGAUUACAGAUUGCGAAUGAUUACAGCUAUACAAAUUAUAAUGUCUUAUCCUUUAA